CGGGUAAAUAUGCCAAAUGUUGAAAACUUCAGGUAAAAUAGAGGAAAAGUAAUAGAACAUCUGCUUAGAGAAUAUAACCUCUACUCUAUAAGAAGAAUUUAUCAAGAAUAAAGUUUUAACGCUUUUAGCCGUGAAGUUAAAUUAUCCGGAAUUUAUAGUAGCAUGCAUUAUAAACGAGAAACCUUCCCCUCAGACUUAAGGCGUAAGCGAAUUGCAACUAGAUACCUUCUUCUAGUAAUUAUCAGCCUGUUUUGCAAACCUGCUUAUGCUGAUGACGACUCAGUAGGCAAUGCCAAUGAUUACAUCGAUGAAGUCCUGAAAAAUCUGAGAGAAGAACCAUGGAUUAAAUCUAAGUUAGACCCUCUUGAUAUACCAGAAGUUAAAGAUAAAAAUUUUGAGAUUUCAAAUGGAAAAGUAAGAGGUCUCGGCAGUUUAUACAGACAUGGAGACUGUACGCUAGCUUAUGAUGAUGAAAUUGUCACAGUUACAGUUCAAGUUGCUGUCAGAGAUGUAACAGUUGAUGUGAAAUACCGAGCAAAGGCUCUCUUUUUUUGGAUUAAAGGGCAUGCUACAGUAGCUGUAGAUGACUUAGCAGUGAAAAUGAUCAUAACUGGCAAAGACGGACGAGGAAAGUUGGAAUCAUUCAGAGUAGUUCAUCUUGGUAACUAUAAGAUUAAGAAAAUUACAGGAAUGAGCGUUGUCCUGAAUUGGUUGCUGAAACUUAUAGCCAACGGUGUAGCGAAGAAAUCCAGAUCUAAGAUCAUAAAUGCGAUGGAAGAUGGAGUUGCAAAAGCAGUAGCAGAUCUGUUGAAUAAGUACCAGCUGCCCAAGUUGUCCUGAAGCUCGUAGACAGCAUUUCUUAAUAGCGUUUAAGAAGAGCUUAAUUUCUUAGCUUUUAAGAUUUAACUUAAGAAAACAGAAUGAAAUUCGUGCUGUUUAUCGCUCGACUAAAUAUAAAGUUUUAAAAAAGAAAACAACGUUUACUGUUUUUAAUGCCCUUAGAUCAUUUAGAAAUUCCAUCAUUUCAUGCAGAAAUCUUAAGAACAUUAUUAAACACAUAAGCAAUUUUUAUCAUUGAAUUGUAUAUAAAAAAAAAUUAAUUAAAAAGCUGGUUUACAAAUGAUACUCAAAAUAAGCAUUGUACUCUUGUAGGUUGAUUUUAUAAAGAAUUUGUAAAAUAAUAUUUAAAAUAUUUUGUUAAAAUAAAUUUCAAGCUUUUAAACCUUUA